ACGGGCAGCGCCUGCUCUGGUUGCCGCAGUCGGGGCUCCGCGCGCUUAUAGACGCUAUUGUGUAGUGUUUUAGUGUUUUUUUUUUUACGUGUUUUGAAGUAUGAACCCCAGUGCUUCUCAAGGUGAAUACCUAGAAUGCUCCCACUGUAGCGAUGGCAGGCGGUUUAAGGGUCGCAAAGGCCUUAAUAUUCACAUCGCACGUUGUCACGGACCGCCUACACGGCCUCUUACAUGCCCAAAUUUAAUGUGCGAUCAAACCCAAUCAGGAAGCGAUAACCAGAUAAAGGACGAAGAUACUUACGCUGCGAUAAUGUCGUUUUCUAGUGGCUCUGCUGGCGGCAUGGACGGCAUAACGCCACAACAUCUUAAGGAUCUUGUGGGAGUUACUGCUGGGGACGCCGGCAGGGCGCUACUGAGCGACAUUACCAGACUUUGUAAUCUCAUGUUAUCUGGCGAGGUAAAUUCAUCCUUUUUACCAUUCCUUUAUGGUGCGAGGCUUUGUGCUUUUAAUAAGAAAGAUGGCGGCAUCCGUCCCAUCGCUGUUGGUUGUACGUUUCGCCGUUUGGCGUCAAAAUUAGCGUGUAAACACAUAGUCUCUACCCUAAAGGAUAAAUUCCAACCUAUUCAAGUUGGAUUCGGCAGUAAAGGAGGUUGUGAAGCAGCAGUUCAUUCGGCUCGUACAUUCUUAGCGAAUGGCGAGGUUGAAGUGCUGCUGAAAGUAGAUGUAAAGAAUGCCUUUAAUUCUUUGGACAGGGCAACUUUGCUGACCGAAGUCUCAACGCAACUUCCUGAAAUUUAUUUAUAUGUCUGGCAAUGUUACAGCUCAGCUUCAAAAUUAUUUUUUGGAGAUAGCGAUAUUAAGUCUUCUGUAGGCGUUCAGCAGGGGGAUCCUUUAGGUCCGGCCCUGUUCAGCUUAGGGAUCCAUAACCAUAUUUCAAAUUUAACAUCUAAAUUUAACAUAUGGUAUCUUGAUGAUGGAACCAUUGGGGGCAACGUGGAUGACGUUCUAAAAGAUCUUAAGCAUAUUAAGCAACAGUUUGGCAAAAUUGGUUUAGAACUAAAUUUUUCGAAAUGCGAAUUGUUUUUCACAGAAAAACUGUCGCAAGAUAGAAUACGAUUGGCCUCUGAAUUAUUUAAUGAAAUUACCCCUAGCAUUAAGAUACUCGAUAAACAUUCACUUUGCCUUCUUGGUGCUCCUCUUUACAAUGAAUCCAUACAACCACUUUUGGAUCAAAAAAUUAGAACAUUUUCGGCUAAUACCGACAAAUUGGGCGCUCUAAAUUCUCACAUUGCAUUUUCGAUCCUAAAAUAUUGCCUUUUCGUACCUAAAUUAAUUUAUAUCCUUCGCGCGAGCCCAAUUUGGAAAUUUCCUGGACUACUCGAUAAUAUGGAUGCCAUCCUUAAAAGUACACUAGAACAAAUUCUAAAUUUAACUUUUGAUGAGCACUCCUGGAACCAAGCUACUUUACCGGUCAAGUACGGUGGCAUCGGCGUGAGGAAAAUUUCCAGUGUAGCUCUUCCAGCUUUUCUGUCCUCUGUGCAUAGUAUAAGAGAGCUUAGCUCUCAAAUUCUCAAAUCAAAUUCAAUAUCAUUGACCUAUGCCACAGAGGCCCUAGAGAGUUGGAAGGUCAGAUGUCCCAAUGUCGAUUAUCCAAAGGAACGUUCUACACAAAAACUUUGGGAUUUGCCAUUGGUUCAGCUGACACAUUCAAAUUUGCUGCAAAAUCUUACAAGUGACAGAGAUCAAGCCAGGCUCCUAGCAUUAUCGGAAAAGGAAUCUGGGUAUUGGCUUCAUGCCUUGCCAUCCAGGAAUCUCGGCACCCUUUUAGAUAAUGAAAGUUUUUGUGUGGCUCUAGGUCUCAGAUUGGGAACACCGCUGUGCCAUCAGCACAGAUGUCCGUGUGGAAAAGAGGUUGAUAAAUUUGGAAUCCACGGACUCUCUUGCCAAAGGAGCGCUGGUAGGCUAUUUAGGCAUGGCUCUCUUAACGACACAAUCAAAAGGGCUCUUGCCACCAUAGACGUUCCUGCGCUCAUUGAGCCGGCAGGGAUUAGUCGGGAUGAUGGCAAGAGACCUGAUGGAUUGACGCUGGUUCCCUGGGAACGGGGACGGGCGCUAAUUAAAUCUUGA